CUGAGGUUUCCAACAUCUCUCAAUUUCCUCAACCUCACUCGAUAUCCCACAAUGCUCUCCCGCAGUGCACCCCGUCUUCUCCGCGCUGGCUCGGCCAUCCGUGCCUCGUCCCGUACCUCCAGCAUUGCCCGCCAAGCCGCGGCUCCCCUCGGCCGGAGCUACCCAGUGCAACCGCGGGCAUUCACCUCUUCCGCAUUCUUCUCAAAGGGUCUCCAGCCCGACUCGGAGAACCCCCAGCCAUCGAAUCCUCAGAGCACACCUGUCGCUGGUUCCGGCGCACAUGUCACCGAGCCGUCUCCUCUGACACCGGAAGAAUACCACGAGUACUCGGAGCAUUACUUCAACGUACUCCUCGGGGAGUUGGAGAAGGCGCAAGAGGAGGGGUCCGAUGUGGAGGCAGAGUACAGUGCCGGGGUCCUCAACAUAACUGUUCCUGCAAUCGGCACCUAUGUCCUGAACAAGCAACCCCCCAACAAGCAAAUCUGGCUCAGCUCACCCAUCUCCGGUCCCAAGCGGUACGACUGGAUUGUCGAGGGUGAUAGCAUGUACGAGAAGCAGGACUCCCGCCCAUUUGUGCAUGGACAGUGGAUCUACCUCCGGGACGGGUCAAACUUGACGGAGCUGCUGAACACGGAAUUGACGCUGCAGCUUCCGAAGGAUAUCUAUGGUGAAGUUGUUGAUGCGUGAAGUGAUGUUCUCGGGCCUAAUGAUACGGGCUCCGAGGUGAUGUAUGACAGAAGAUCGAUGUCGCAUUUGUCAUGAUUUUUGUCUUUGAUUGGGGGAUCGGGUGACGGAACACUGGUCUCCUCUCGGGGGCAAAUGAGGCAGAUAUUGUAUUCUAGUUUUCAUGUGUGUCCAAUGCCAAAGGUUUUGACACUCUUUACAUGACUGUUUCAUAAUCUAUGUGAUGGACAUCUAUUUCAGCCCCGGGGUCACAGAACGACUUGGCUGACCUCUGGCAAGCCCCAG